UGUGUGUUUGUGUGAAAGAAGAGCUGCAACAAAUUAAAUAUAAAUAAUAGUCUCCAAGUACCGUUGUUUGACAAAUAAUUGUGUCGUAAAAUGAUUAAAUGGCAUUUAAGCCGAGUUUAAACAUUUGCAGCGGAAAUGUUUAAUAGUUUUUAAUUGCUCUAGCGGUCGCUGCCCCGGCGCUAUACAUAUAUGUGUGUUAUUGCGUGUGUGUAAGAGAAAGAAAGAGGAUGGGAAGGAGAGUGUAAGAAAGGGGAAUAUGCAACAACUGUGCGAUUUUAGUUAUCGAUGGCAUUUUUUCGGCUAUUUCGAGUGUCCGAAAGUCAAAAUCAGAAAAUCUGAUGUGUACACACACAUUACUGCCCAGAAACAGAGAAAACGGGGCGAAAGGAAAACUACGAAAGUGGUUGCUCUGCCAUGUAGGUGUAGGUUUGUUUCAUUGUGUGCGUGAGAGGAAUGCUGCCUAUCUAUGUAUCGCGUUUCGCACACUGUAUUUGCAUAGGUGUGAGUGUGCUUGUGUGUGCAGUGUUGUAUAGUGCAUAAAUUAUGGAAUUUCGGAUUUAUUUCGAGUUUCGUUUUAGUUUCAGAUUUUUCCCUUAACUUAAUCGAUCUAUGUACUCUCUCUCUGUCUCUCGUUCAAAAAGGUUGCAUCCCCAAGAGAUGCACAAAGAGAGGGCGAGAUAAACAGACGCCGCCGCCACUAACGUACACACACACCAAUGCAAAUGCAGUUAGCUGGUAAAACUUGUUUUCUCUCUCUCUCUCUGCAAAAAGAGCAAAAGCCGCUAUUCGAAUUUGGCCGCCACUGCCGCUACUCGCAAACGCUCUCUUUCUCUCUCUACUGCUCUCUCGCUACUCGCCGCUGCUACAACUACGAACAUACACUGACUAUAUACCAUAUAUAUGGCCGAUUCAAAGCUAGGCGAGCAAAAUUUCCAUUGUGUGUGGCGACCAGCGUUCGCAGUCGGUUCGAAAAUUUCUGACUCGUCAUUCGUGCGCAAAAAACACCAAAUACAAGCCUGACUAUAACCAACAACAACCACAGCAACAUGCAUAAUUCUACAGUAUGUGUGUUUCAUUGCCAAAGCAACGUUUACGUUUAAAUACUCUCGCCAGAGAGCAAAUAAAUACAAAAUACACAUAAAUAAAUAAAUCAAAUCAAAACCAAACAUCAAAUAGCAAAUUACAAACAAAAUUUAACCACACAACAGCAGUAACAACAACAAAAUAUCGAAAGCAAAGAAACGAGACGAAAGAGAGUUCUUCAAUAUUUGUGUAUCCGUGUGUGUCGUCUCUCUCCCGCGCGAGUGUGUGUUUGUGUGCCCGUGCCUAUAUAUUUGCGUGCGUUUGUGUGGCUGUGUGCGUGCAGCAGAAUCAAUAAUAAAAAAUAAAAAUCCAAAAAAAAAAAUUAAAGCAAGCAAAUGUGCAAAAUACUAGAGAAUAUCCAAAUCAGCAACAAAUAACAACAGCAACGGAUAAAUAACAAUAAUAGCAAUACACUAUAAACAACAACGUUGAGAAAAUGAGGUGCUGCUGCUGUGCGAAGAAAACAAGCCAAGAACUAUGACGCAUCAAAAUCAUCAGACAAACGGCGCAAGUUUGGAGGAUUGCCACACAAACUUUUAUGCCUUGACUGAUUUAUGUGGAAUAAAAUGGAAGAAGUUCGUUAACGGGGAGCGACCGAGUGCAUCGAGCGAUCCCUUGGCGGACCCGAUCCUGCGCUCCUAUUCGCGAUGCAUCCAGGCGGACAUGCUGUGCGUGUGGAGGAGGGUCCAAUCCACGAAGACGGACAACGCCGACCCGAAUGCCUUAACCUUCGAGAUUACCACCUCGACCAAGGUCCACCCGCCCCUUUCGCUGGCCGCCGCUAAGGAGCUAUGGAUCUUCUGGUACGGCGAGGAGCCCGAUUUCACUGACCUGGUCGAUGCCGAGCUGCUUCGAGUAGCUGCCAACCAAGCGCUUUGGAAUGGCACCUGGAAAGGAGCCCUCACCUACGAGUGCCGAUCGCUGCUCUUCAAGGCGCUGCACAAUCUCAUGGAGAGAUUCGUGCUCACCAAGGAUAUUGUGCGAUUUGGCAAAUGGUUUGUGCAGCCCUGCACCUCCAGCGAUCGUCUCUUUGGACGCAGCUCCCAGCACUUGUCCUUCUCAUUCACGUUCUUCGUUCACGGCGAUACCGUUUGCGCCUCCAUAGAUCUGCGAGAGCAUCCCGCCGUACGGCCACUGACCAAGGAGCAUUUGGCUGAGGCGGCUGCAGCUUUUGCGGCGGCAAGUUCGCCGCCAGGAUCAGCAGGAUCUGCGGCGUCAGCGGGUGGAGGAGCAGUGCCUAAUCCUGGUCAAGAUCCAAAUGGCGCCGGCAUGGAGCCAUUGGAUGGCGGCGAGGGAGCAGCCAAAGCAGCACCACCAGCGCAUGCGCGCAAGGUGAUGUUGGCCCCCUUUGGAAUCGCGGCCAUACUCACCGGUAAUAGCUAUAAGGCCAGCGAUCCCAAUGCCGAGAAGAUCCUCGAGGAUUGGGCCUCGUUUUUUCCGCUGUGCAAUAAGGACAACACGGACGUGCCACCCGUGGUGGAAGUGGUGUCGGGUGGUCAUAAGAUGUAUCAUCCCACGAACUACGUACUAGUCACAGACCUGGACGACAUGGAACACAUGGAGUUCGUCGAGAUGCAGAAAAUGCAAAGCUCGAUGGGUGGAGCGCCAGCUGAGGCAGCUGUUAUGGCAUCGCUCUCCUGCCCGCCGAGUACAGCAGCUGGUCCCACUUCCCUCGGGGCAGCCCCUUCUGCCACAGCAAUACCCGUGGGUCCAGCUUCCCUCAAUGCUCCAGGAGGAGGAGGCGCACCAGGAGCCACAGCAACCUCCGCCGCCAAAGAGGUAUCCCGCAAGGCAGCUACCCAAGCGGUUAGCGCAAUGGAACGUAUUGCCUUUCAGCCCUAUUACGAUCAACGGCCCACCUCGGGCUUCACCUUUAAUACCAACAAUACUCAUAUACCCGCCUCGGCUGCCGUGGAAAUGCCGGAACGAACCUGGCAGGAUUGCGUGAUGAACACGCUUCAUGUAGAUGCAGCAGCAGCGGCGGCGGCAGCAGCAGCAGCAGCAUCGUCAUCAUCAUCAUCUACACCCGCCUCGGGAGCUGCGACUUCGGGUGAUAAUGAUGAGAAUGAGCAGAAUAAACCGCCACAGCAGGAUUCCAAGCAAAUGGUGCAGCAGCAGAUACAACAGCAGCAGCAGCAGCAACGUCAGAAGCUCUGGAACUUUGUGGACCCCAUGCAAAAGGCGCCCUGCAUAUGCACCAACGCCCAAUGCAGCAGCAGCAGCAGUAGCAACAUUGGCAGCAGCAUCAGCAACAACAAGCGGCAGCAGCAACAGCCGCUGGGAUCGCCGGCACUGCGAGCAGCAGUUACCGGUGCUAGUGGCAAUAAGUCGUCAUCGUUGUCAUCGUCGUCGUCAUCAUCAUCCUCGUCGUCGUCCUACCAGCAACAUUACCACCAGCAGCAGCAGCAACAGCAGCAACAUCUACAACAACAGCGACCGGGAACACCUGUGCCGCCGGCAAUAGCAGCAGCGGCAGCAACAUCGCAUCAUUCCAGUUCCCUGAGCAACACUUCCGCCUCCAAUUCUUCCGCGACCGCCCUGCGGCGUCACAAUGUGCCGUUCCACAAGCGGUUGCUCCAUUCGCUGGCAUCCAACGCCUCCUCCUCUAUGGCCACCACCACCACCACUACCACCUUUAGAGCCAAAAACCACAGCAACACCACAACAGACACCAAUAUACCAAAACAAAGACAUCUGGGGAACACACCUCAUGGAACGCCACAUGGUGGAGCCUCAACGUACUCCCGGAAUUCCUUAGGUGGCGACUCCUCAAUGCCAGUGGCAUCCGUUGAAUCACCGGCAACACCUGCACCCUCACCGCAUCCAAAUUCUGCGCAUUCGCAACCAACAUCCGUGCCGCCCGCUGAGCAACUACUCAACAUGAGUCCACAUGCGCCCACUUCCGUUUCCAAUCUGCAACAGCCACCGACGCCCAUCGACCACCUUUUAGACAAAAAUACCCCAGCACCGACGCCAACGGAUCAGCAUGAUAACAAAAGCAUUACGGCCUCGCCUUAUGUCCAUCAAACGCCCAGCGUUGAGCCACCCUCUUAUACAGAUCAUGCGGCCGGCGGUGGAACAGCAGGGGUUCAAUCUCUGGGUACUGGUCCUGGUAGUGUGCCAGCCCAGCAACCUGCAACGCCAACAGCAGCAACAUCAGCUGGAGGAGCGGGACCGGGAGGAGCAUCGAACGUUGUCGGAGGAGCUGCGGUGGGCACAAUUAGUGUCAAGAAGCUGGAGAUGCAACAGCAGAAUCCAACGGCAGCAAUGGCCAUCAAACAAGAGCCAGGUACUCAAGGUCGGAAUGCAUCGGGUGUCAUGUCCACCGCGGAGGCCAGGAACAACUUAAGGCGAUUGUACAACCCGCCAAAGCUCACGUUAAAGGACCCGGAUAGCUUCUACGACGACGAGUGGCUGAAGGUCAUCUAUGAUUUUCAGUACCAGGAAAACUGGGACUAUCUCACAGUGAAGCGUCCAAAACUGGAUAAGCAACGGCGGCCGAGAUAUGCCAAAAACCUUUACGAGGGACACACGCACGUCAAGCCAUUGAUGCCAUCGCCAGGAUCCGUUUAUGGCUCCCAGCUGCUUUCGUUAGAUGUAUCAGCGACAUCAGCAGGCGUUGGAGGAUCAGCGGCGGGCAGCUCUAGCGGUGGAUUGGUGGGCAUCGCCAACAGUACAGCCAAUGGCAGUGAUGCCGAGACGGAGACUGGCAGCAGCUUCUUCCAGGGAUUGGACAUUAAGACAGAGCCCGGUUUGCAUUCCCCAUCGUGCAAGGAGACCUCAAAAUCCUCAGGCGGUGGCAACAGCAGUGGCGGAGGAAGUGGUAGUGGUGGUAAUCUAUUUACCGCUGAAGGUCUGAAUCCCUCACUCAACGAUCUGGAGCAGCUAUUUGAGACAAGCUCGAACGAUGAGUGCAGUAGCGUGCAAAUCCACACGCCACCCGAUUCCAAUAAUCCCUCGAAUGGCGGUUGCAGUGCUGUUACCAAUACCAUCGAAGACCUCAAACGAAGCACGGCGGUGACCAGUGCAGCGGUUGUAGCAGCGGCGGCGGCAGCAGCGGCUUCGGGUGCGGGUAAUAUUCAGGCAGAGGAUCUUACCAAGAUGUUUCCCACACCGCCCUCUCACGAGCAACAGCAUCCAAAUUCAAGUCCUUGCCAAACGGACGUGGUCAUGACGGAUCUCAGUGUGGACACCACCACAACCAGUAUAACCAGUAGUAGUAUCACCACUACUUGCAGCAAUACCACCAUUACGAGUAGUAUCAACACCACCACCACAGGCUGUAGUAACACCAACAGCAGUAUUAUCCUGGCAGCCGUUCAAGCUCCCGUCACCGUGGUGGCCAUCCAGACAGUCUCCAAACUGGUGAAGCAGGAGUAUAACUUGGAAUUGGGUAGUCCGGUGGAGGAGCCCAUUGAUGAUUGGAAUUAUGUCUACCGACCACCGCAGCAGGAGAAGUUUGUGGGUUCCACACGCUACGCUCCAUUGACCAACCUGCCCAGCCAGACGCAACCGCCAUUAACUUUGCCGCCAGGAUGCUUUUAUCAACCCACUUGGAGUAGUCCCAAAUCCAGAGCAGCUACACUGGCAAAAGCAGCCGCAGCUCAACAGCAGCAGCAUCAGAAGCAUCAGGCCCUGCAGCAGCGCAUCCAAUUGCAUCAGCAGAAGUUGCAGCAACUCCAGCACCAGCAUCAUCAGCAGCAACAAGCGGCGGCCGCAGCAGCAGCAGCAGCGGCAGCGGGAGGAGUUGGCCACCAAAAGCACCAGCAUCAGCAUCUACAUGAUCUAUUGUCAGCGGCGCCAAGGACACCACUAACGCCGUCAACUGUCCCUCAACCAUUAAGCAGUGGUGGAAGUCAACUGUUGCUGAAUCAGUUAAACUGUCCGCAGGCGCCGCCCGGCAGCUCCAUGCAGCAACUUAUGCAUCGCGCUGGGAUGUCACCAAUUUCUCCGGGACCCGGUAUGGGUCCUUAUGCCGCCAGGAGUAGUCCGAUGUCGAGGGCGACUCCAACGCAUCCGCCACCGCCAUAUCCAUAUGACUUGGCUGUGGCCAGUCCAGCCACCUCGACAUCUUCAUACUUAAACCGGCCACUCCAUUCGCAGGAGCAUCCGCACAUGCAUGGUAUGGGCGGCGGAGGACCAGGAGGCUUAGGUCCUGGAACAGGACCUGGCGGACACAUGAGUAUGAUGCCCUACACUGGCGAUGCGGGCAUUGCCAGUGGUGGAACAGCAAUGACAGCUGGACCCUCGAGUCUGCUCCAGGAACUACCAGAAGUUAACUCUGUGCUGGUGAACAUUCUGCUGUACGAUACCGCCUUGAAUGUCUUCCGGGAUCACAACUUCGAUAGUAGCAGUGUGUGUGUGUGCAAUGCGGAUACUCAAAAGAUUGGCAAUAUUCGAGGAGCGGAUUCUGGAGUGUAUGUACCUCUGCCUGGCGUGAGCUUCAAUCCAUUUCCGACUGGUGGAGGUGGAGCUGGAGGAGCUGCGUCUGGACAAAGAAUGCUCAAUGGACCAAGCUCUGGUGGCUUUGGCGGCAUGCGGAUGAUCAGUGCCUUUGGGGGUUCGCCGGCCUCCGCCUCGAUGCCCGGAGCUGGCUCCGGUCAUGGUCACGGCCCGAACGGCGGCUCCAACUCAUCAUCCUGCACACCGCCCAGCAGUAAUCCGCACAUCACCGGCUAUGUGGACGAUGAUCCUGUGGAGUGUACAUGUGGUUUUAGCGCAGUGGUUAAUCGAAGACUCUCCCAUCGUGCUGGACUUUUCUACGAAGAUGAGGUGGAGAUCACAGGCAUUGCGGAUGAUCCGGGCAGGAAUAAGCAGCCGACGUUGCUAAGUAUCAUUCAGAGUUUAAGCAGAAAGAACCAGAUAAAGCAGGCGCCCGGAGAAUCCAGUUCUGCCUUGGAGAAACUCGGAGCAGGAGCCGCGGCUGGUGCACAACUCGAGCACUUGGCUCAUGCUGUUUUUGAUCUGCUGUUAGAUCAGUGUUCUAUCAUCCAGACCUCCAGUAGUUCCGUUCAUCGAGCCCUUCAGUCCCAUCGAAGGCGAAUGUCACGCCAGCGAAGGAUCUUUGGCACCAAUGGAGCAUCAACUGCCUCGUUGGCGUCGAUUGCCAAUGUUUUAGAGUUCAUGGAUGCGCACGACGUGAUCAGCUUGGCCUUGGAGCAGGCGAGACUGGCUUUCGAGAACCAGCGGAUGGACAACAUCAUGGACUUUCAUGGGAAUGGAAGUAGUAGCUCCCAUCAACAGCAACAACUUACAGCCUUUCAUGCACCACCACCUGCCUUGCGUCUUAAGCUGGCGGGGAUUGGCGCUGGUCGGUUGACAGUCCACAAGUGGCCAUAUCUGCCCGUUGGCUUUACCCGGAGCAACAAGGAGAUUGUGCGUACGAUGAAUGCUAUACAGCCGAUGCUGCAGAAUGCUUUCCACUGCAAGUCACGAGGUGGCUCUGGAUCUAAAGAUGCGAGUUCAUAUAAUACUGUAAGUGGACCACUCACCUGGCGGCAGUUCCAUCGCCUGGCAGGUCGUGCAUCUGGACAAUGUGAACCGCAGCCAAUACCAUCCGUGGUGGUUGGAUACGAAAAAGAUUGGAUCUCUGUGGCACCGCAUUCCAUCCACUACUGGGAUAAGUUUCUCCUUGAACCGUAUUCCUAUGCGAGGGAUGUGGUCUACUUGGUGGUGUGUCCGGACAACGAGCAUGUGACCGCAUGCACUCGCAGCUAUUUCCGUGAGCUAAGCAGCACCUACGAGAUGUGCAAGUUAGGCAAACAUACGCCUAUUCGAGGAUGGGAUGGUAUCCUACAGGUUGGAGCAGCUCGCAAUAAUGGGUCCGCUGAUAGGGAAACCACUCCAUUGGAUGAUUGGCUGCGUACCCUGGAGCACGCAGCUCUGGCGGAACAAAUUCGUCGAUAUGCAGUAGCUUUUAUUCACCAGUUGGCUCCAUAUCUGAGUCGAGUGCCUAACGAUAAAACUUUGCUGAAUCCACCGGAUGGCACUGGUAACUCUAACUCCAAGGGUGGCAGCUCUUCCUCGUCGAACAGCUCUUCAGUCACUGGAUUGCCUGGCGGGGAUUUACCCACGGAUAAUAUCAAGCUGGAGCCGGGUACAGAACCACCAGUUCAACCAAUGGAAGCCAAUGAAAUUAAACAGGAACCAGGCGUGGGAAAAGGAACCUCUGCAGCAGGUGAUACGAAACCCGCACUGAUCCUGGGAGAUCCAUUGGGCAUGGGCGAGACUUUGGAGGAUAUUAACCCCUCAGCUAUUGUCCUGUAUGUGGUCAAUCCGUUCACCUUCGCCUCGGACAGUUGCGAACUGGAACGCCUUGCUUUGAUUGCCCUGCUUCGUUGCUAUGCGGAACUUCUGAAAGCUGUCCCGGAUUCGGUGCGAUCCCAGAUGAACAUACAGAUCAUAUCACUGGAAUCGGUAAUGGAACUGGGACCCUGUGGCAAUCGAAAGCGAUUCUCGGACGAGAUUAGAUGCCUGGCCUUGAACAUAUUCUCGCAGUGCCGGCGACAUUUGGUCCAUGCCCAAUCCGUAAAGAGUCUAACGGGCUUUGGAACGGCGGCCAAUAUGGAGGCCUUCCUCAAGACAAAGGACGAACCCAAUCGGCGAGCUUACAAGAUGUACACGGCUCCCUUUGUACUGGCACCGAUGCACGAGAGAAAUGAUAAAACUGACUUCGCCAGAUCGGCGGGCAGCAUGCAUGGCCAGAAUGAACAUCGUUAUUCGGUGAUGUAUUGCAAUUACUGUUUGAGCGAGGAUCAGGCUUGGCUUUUGGCCACUGCCACCGAUGAACGGGGCGAGUUGCUAGAGAAGAUCUGCAUUAAUAUCGAUGUACCGAAUCGUGCGCGAAGGAGAAAAGCUCCAGCUCGUUAUGUGGCACUGAAAAAACUAAUGGACUUCAUUAUGGGAAUUAUAUCGCAGACUUCGCAGAUGUGGCGUUUGGUUAUUGGUCGCAUUGGAAGGAUUGGACACAGCGAACUGAAGUCAUGGAGUUAUUUGCUAAGCAAGCAACAGCUCCAGAAGGCCUCCAAGCAGUUCAAGGAUAUGUGUGAGCAAUGUACAUUGAUGUAUCCACCCACCAUCUUGAGUGCCUGCUUGGUGACUCUGGAACCCGAUGCCAAGCUGCGCGUUAUGCCCGAUCAAUUUACGCCGGAUGAGCGCUUCUCUCAGAUCUCCAUGCAAAAUCCAUUGGCAACGCCGCAGGACGUGACCUGCACCCACAUCCUAGUCUUUCCCACCAGCGCCGUCUGUGCGCCUUUUACCCGUCAAUUCCAAAACGAGCCGCAAGUAGAGGAUGACUUUAUGACCUUCGAGGAGGAGGGCAAUGAGGACUUUAGCGAUGCAGACAUUGGCGAUUUCCUUUGGGACUCAGCUCACAUAGACAGAGUUUCCAAUCAUGGUAGCCCAGGACGCAUGGAUGACAACCGCAGCUGGCAGAGCGCCGGUGGCAAUAACUUUAAAUGCACGCCGCCCCAGGAAGUAGAAGAGGUGGGAUCUCUUAACCAGCAGCCGAUAUCAGUGGGCUAUAUGGUGUCGACGGCACCAACGGGUAGAAUGCCCGCUUGGUUCUGGUCCGCCUGUCCGCAUCUGGAGGAUGUGUGCCCCGUGUUCCUGAAGACUGCCUUACAUCUGCAUGUACCCAGCAUACAGUCUGCCGAUGAUAUUCUCAACUCGACCAAUGCUCAUCAGUCAGCCAACGAUCAUCCAUUGGAUUCCAUUCUCACAGCGGAUGUACUUCGCUUCGUCCUCGAGGGAUACAAUGCCCUGUCAUGGCUUGCGCUCGACUCCAAUACACACGAUCGUCUAUCCUGUCUACCCAUCAAUGUUCAGACACUGAUGGAUCUGUACUAUCUGACGGCUGCCAUAGCCUAAGUUCGGGGAUCUUAGAUCUCAGAUUUCAGAUCUCAGAUCCUUGGAUCACUUCAAAACUGAAUCAAUCAAAUGCAGUCGCAUGCUUCCGUUUGCAGAACUUCCACUAGCUAUAUCAACCUCAAAGAACACCAGAAGUCUAUAGAACCCAAAACGAUCUAGAACAGGAGAUCAACACCAAGCUAACAUCAAUCGAAGUUAACAGAACCCAAAAAACACCAACAGAACAUAAACAACAAAAACAACAACAACAACAACAACAACAACAACUAAAACAAGAGCAAUAGCAUCAGUUAACGCAACGCACAGAUUACUUAGCAUAAUCAAGAAGAAAACAUUAGGAGAAAAACAUAUAGAAGAUCAUCGAUGAGAGCGGCGGAUAUAUAACAUUAUCGUCUACCGAUAAGUCUUGAACAGCAACAGCAUUACUAUUUAUUAAUCGUCGAGAAUUUGUAAAAGUGUCAAGUGCAAGAAUUGUUUGUUUAAUUUUAUUUUUUUUAUAAAUAUACAUAGGCUGGCGUUCGAUUAGUGUUUAAUAUUUAUAAAUAUACAAGAAAAGCGAAGAGGAGCGAAUGAGAAAAAAUAGCGAAAAGCAAACAACAACAACAACAAACAACCAACAACCACACACAUGUAGGCAUAUAGUUCAUAUAUACAAAAGCAGAAGUGGAGUUAAAAGCGAGUAUCAUACUUAGGUUAAGUAACAAAGUUUGUACAUAUUUACAACCAAUUCGCAGUAAGCAGCAGCAGCAACAACAACAACAACAAAGUAAAACAAAAGUGUAAUUAUACAAUUAGUAAUUAGUUUACAACAAAUUGAAGGAGAUGAGGAUGAUGAAUAGUAUGGAAGGAGACCCUAUUUAAAUCUAAUAAAUUAAAUCAAUAAAUUGUGUAAAUUUUUGUGCAAA